AUGUCUAAGAAUAUCGUUGUCCUACCGGGUGAUCACGUCGGUAAAGAAGUUACUGACGAAGCUAUUAAGGUCUUGAAUGCCAUUGCUGAAGUCCGUCCAGAAAUUAAGUUCAAUUUCCAACAUCACUUGAUCGGGGGUGCUGCCAUCGAUGCCACUGGCACUCCUUUACCAGAUGAAGCUCUAGAAGCCUCUAAGAAAGCCGAUGCUGUCUUACUAGGUGCUGUUGGUGGUCCAAAAUGGGGUACGGGCGCAGUUAGACCAGAACAAGGUCUAUUGAAGAUCAGAAAGGAAUUGGGUCUAUACGCCAACUUGAGACCAUGUAACUUUGCUUCUGAUUCUUUACUAGAUCUUUCUCCUUUGAAGCCUGAAUAUGCAAAGGGUACCGAUUUCGUCGUCGUUAGAGAAUUGGUUGGUGGUAUCUACUUUGGUGAAAGAAAAGAAGAUGAAGGUGACGGAGUUGCUUGGGACUCUGAGAAAUACAGUGUUCCUGAAGUUCAAAGAAUUACAAGAAUGGCUGCUUUCUUGGCAUUGCAACAAAACCCACCAUUACCAAUCUGGUCUCUUGACAAGGCUAACGUGCUUGCCUCUUCCAGAUUGUGGAGAAAGACUGUUGAAGAAACCAUCAAGACUGAGUUCCCACAAUUAACUGUUCAGCACCAAUUGAUCGACUCUGCUGCUAUGAUUUUGGUUAAAUCACCAACUAAGCUAAACGGUGUUGUUAUUACCAACAACAUGUUUGGUGAUAUUAUCUCCGAUGAAGCCUCUGUUAUUCCAGGUUCUUUGGGUUUAUUACCUUCUGCAUCUCUAGCUUCCCUACCUGACACUAACAAGGCAUUCGGUUUGUACGAACCAUGUCAUGGUUCUGCCCCAGAUUUACCAGCAAACAAGGUUAACCCAAUUGCUACCAUCUUAUCUGCAGCUAUGAUGUUGAAGUUAUCCUUGGAUUUGGUUGAAGAAGGUAGGGCUCUUGAAGAAGCUGUUAGAAAUGUCUUGGAUGCAGGUGUCAGAACCGGUGACCUUGGUGGUUCUAACUCUACCACUGAGGUUGGCGAUGCUAUCGCCAAGGCUGUCAAGGAAAUCUUGGCUUAA